GGGAUUGGAGCGCGUACACACAGAGCAAGCGGAGGAGCUUGGAACAUGGGGGAGAGGGCGGGAACCCGGGUUUUCAAGAAAUCCAGCCCCAACUGCAAGCUCACUGUGUACCUUGGGAAAAGGGAUUUUGUCGACCAUCUGGAUCGGGUGGAUCCUGUGGAUGGCGUCGUACUUGUGGAUACAGAUUAUCUGAAAGAUCGGAAAGUCUACGUCACGCUGACCUGUGCUUUCCGAUAUGGCCGGGAAGACCUGGACGUCCUGGGCUUGUCCUUUCGAAAGGAUCUCUUCAUUUCCAAGUUCCAAGCCUACCCGCCCCUCCCAGAGGAAAAGAAACCCCUCACUCGCCUGCAGGAGCGGCUGAUCAAGAAGCUGGGGGAACAAGCACACCCGUUCUUCUUUACCAUUCCGCAAAAUCUGCCAUGUUCCGUCACUCUGCAGCCAGGACCCGAGGACACUGGGAAGGCUUGCGGCGUGGACUACGAAAUUCGUGCCUUCUGUGCCAAGACCAUGGAAGAAAAGAUGCACAAAAGGAACUCUGUACGUUUGGUUAUUAGAAAGGUGCAGUUUGCCCCAGAGAAGCCCGGACCCCAGCCAGUAGCUGAGACAACGCGGCAUUUCCUGAUGUCCGACCGCUCCCUGCAUCUAGAAGCAUCUUUAGAUAAAGAGCUCUAUUACCAUGGAGAGCCAAUAAAUGUGAAUGUGCACGUGACCAACAACUCCAGCAAGACUGUGAAGAGGGUGAAAGUGUCAGUCAGACAGUAUGCAGACAUCUGCCUGUUCAGCACUGCCCAGUACAAGUGCCCGGUGGCUCAGAUUGAACAGGAUGAUCAGGUGACCCCCAGCUCCACGUUCUGUAAAGUUUACACCCUGACUCCUCUGCUGUCCAAUAAUCGGGAGAAGAGGGGGCUGGCACUGGAUGGAAAGCUGAAACACGAGGACACGAACCUGGCGUCGAGUACCAUCGUGAAGGAAGGAUCCAGUAAGGAGGUGCUGGGGAUCCUGGUGUCCUACAGGGUGAAAGUAAAACUGGUAGUGUCGCGUGGGGGCGACGUGGCCGUAGAGCUGCCCUUUGUCCUGAUGCACCCGAAGCCUCCAGAGAACAUCUCCCGGCCUUUGUCAGAAUACCCUCAGACGGAUGCGCCAGUUGAUACCAACUUGAUCGAGUUCGAUACAAACUUCGCCCAGGACGACGACAUUGUGUUUGAGGAUUUUGCUCGCCUUCGACUCAAAGGGUUAAAAGACGACAAGGACGACGACGAGGCGUACUGCUAACCCCGCCCCCUCUGCCCUGGGGGGGUUGGGGCCCAAUGCCACCACACAGAUAUACAUACAUUGUGACAUAGCGACCAUUUUAUAGACGGGAGGCGGUGUAUGUAUAUUUACCCACGCACACACUGGUUUUAUCUGUGGGAAGGAUAGACUUCGUAUGUUUUAAUCAUCGGCGUCCGGGGCCCGAGAGCCCUGCGUAUGUAUAGGCUAUAGCCGACCAGGGAAAUGGCGCUGUGGCUGUAUAUGUCGGCACACAGAUGUAACAAAUGUAUCUUUCAUGUAUGUAUAUAGUGAAACUGUGUCUGCACACGUGGCCGAGGCGUGUAUACCCGGCUGAGCUUGUAUGUGCAAGGCCUGGAGUCCGUGGGUCCAGCUGUACAGAAGCCGAAUCAUGUGCGUGUCAAAUAUUAAGUCUUUAUAUGCACAUGUAAUACAUAUACAGGGCUAGGCACGGGCAAACCUGCCCCUGCCUUGUAACCCUUAGCAACUGAGCCAGUGAGAGCUGCCUACUGAUUGGUGGGAAUCGACUGAAAUCCAUCGGCUGCAUGGUUGCUACGGGUAACAAGGCUACGGCAGGACCGAUCCUGUGUUGGUUCUUGUCCCCCGACAGCACCUUGUAGAGAUCUUUAUACCCUCGUUUUGCUUCACUCAUCUCCCACUCGCGGGGGGGGGGGGAAAAGGGGGUCGUUCCAUUUCACCUUUGCCUUGUUUUAAUGGCCAAAAGAAAUCUGCCCUGUUCUUUGCCCCUGACACAUUUCCCUUGAUACAAGCGCCUAUGGGCUGGGGCAACAAGUGGCAGCAGCAACCGCCCCCCCUCUCACUUUUGGUUCUGCCGCAGUGCAGGCAGGGGGGGCAUAUUAGUAGUACGCUCCGGGGCCACCAUUCUUUUAUUCUGGGGCAAUUUAUCCCUUGCCCAAAAGCUACUUAGUAUUCCUUUAGGGACUAUUGGUAGCCAUGGGCAAACUGAGCCUUGCAGCAGUGCAUUCCAGCACCUUUUUAACUCUUUCCUGGCCUUUUUAUCAAACCCUUUUAUUUGCCCGCGUGAAAGGAACCACUGAAUUCCUGACAUUUAUAAGCCGCUUUAUUCCUUACGGAACUCGUAGGGAAGCUGAUUGUACCCAGGCGUCAUUUCUUUUAUAGAUUCCCCCCCCCCUUUUAGAGCGAGAGGGUGAGAUCAGUGAAACAAACCCCCGCUAGAAGGCAUUUUUUUUUUUUUUUUUUUUUUGGAUUGUAUUUUUUUUAGGCAGAUGAAUGUGAAAGAAAUAAGCCGGUGCUGGGCGUGCUUAGGUCCGAUAUGAUUUAUAUGUGCGCGGACUGGCUUGGUGGGCUCCCUGUGUGGCUACAGCACUGGAGUGGAACACACUUGCCUGGCUAUUGAAUGUAUCCCUUUCCACAUUUACUCGCUAGCCCCAGUAAGUUUUAUAUAUACACACCUACACCUCCCUAUAUCUUGCCCUGCACCCCCCAUAAGGUGCCCGAUAAUGUUUGGCAUCAACCAAUGGGCUGAAGGGCCAGAUAUUGUGGGAGUGGCCACACACAUUAGCUCCUCUCACCCAGUGAUGCUUUUGAACAGCGUAUAUAACUAGGGUCUGUGUUCUGUUUAUUCUCUCUGAUACAGUAUAAAAGGCAUAGAUGGUAAUUACACCAGCAUAAAGCCUUGCCCCCAAGGGCUUGCAAUCUAGGAACUGGCCCACGUCCGCAGAACCGACCUUCUUUGAAAGCUGCUAGGUUGAUUGCCUUCGGUAGUAGAGUGCCAUCUAGUGGCCAUUUGCCAAAUAACGGAGCUGCAGAGCUUAUUGGGCAUAGGAAUGCUGUACCCCAGGUAUGAGCCAAUGGCGAGAGGGAAUGUUCUGUGCACUCUAUAAUAAAUGGAAGGUAACCCAUAAUUAUAAAUAUUCUGCUUUAAGCACAGGCCCCCGCCCCCUAUUAUUACAUUUUCUGAUGAAUUACUGGAAGUUAUUUGCAAGCUAAUUGGGAAAUAUGGCUUUUGUCCUGCUGAUUUAUGUAGGGACGCAAGAGGAGGGGGCUGGUCUCAGGGAGUCUAGAACUGCCAUAAUCUCUUGCUGCGGCCAACGUUCCCCAGACAAGGGGGGGGGCAGGCCUGGAUUGGGGGGGCAAUGUUGUUUCUGAUCUGUGAAAUAAAGAGUGCCACAGCAGCUCCCUCCUCCUGAGUAAAAACCGCAGGGGACAGGAGGCUCCGCCCACCGGCCCGCCUCCUCUUUUUAAAGAUGUGGGGGUUUUCGUUUAUUUUUUUUUUAAUUGUUUCAUUUAAUUUGUCUCGACUCGUAAUAUACGUAAUAUAUUUUGCCUCUGGAUGUAAAAUUAUUUUCUUUUUUUCUUCUGUGUCGUUCCGAAGCUUCGCAGGUAAAAAAGAAAAAUAUACGCUUUAUUUUUUAACGUUUUUUUGUUUUUGCUACGAAUAUUAGACCGUGGACAAUAAAAAAAAAAUGAUGUCUUUA